UUGAUUAGAAAAGAGCGCCCGCGGGCGCAAGAGAGAGCCCCCCGCCUCCUCCCCUUCGCAAGACGAGAAGCCGGUUGCCAGGAAAACGAAAGUCAAAAGUUUAGGUUUAGGUUAAGUUUCGCAGACCGCGCCUUCCUCCGGGGUUAGAAGGCUGCCCGGAGUUGCAAAGGAGCUGCGAUGGCCGGAGAAGCCGCCUCGGAGCCAGAGGCGCCCGCUUUCCAGUUGACGGCGAUGAACCAGGAGUUCCAGUUCCUCCUAUGUGACAAAUGCCACGCAGAGGUGGCCAGCCCCAAACUCCUGCCCUGCCUUCACAAUCUCUGCUCGCAGUGCCUGGAAGAAAACGAAGCGGCCGAUGUCUGCGUCAUCUGCGGGACGCCAUACUUCCACCUGGCAGAGAGCCCCGAGAAAUUGGACAACGUUUUCUUCGCCAACCUCCAACGCAAGCUCGGCCUCUACCAGAAGAUCACUGGGAGCAAAGAUUUGGUUUGCGCCAAAUGUAAGAAAGAGGCCAAGUUUUGGUGUUCUAUCUGCCAGGACCUCCUCUGCCUCUCGUGCUCCAAAAUCCACCAGAAAUACCGGAAGCACCAUAGUCUCGGAACGAGACAGCUGAAGGAAUUCCAGGCAGAAUCUUGCAAAUACUUCAUCUCAACCACCAGAAAACCCAUGUUUUGUUCGAAGGCGGGGCACAAUACCCAAAUGCUAAGGCAUAGCGAAUUGCAGAACAUGAUUGCAGAGCUGAUGGAGAAGAAGAACGUCUACGACAAGACCUCCAGCGACCUUGAGGAUCUGGAGAAAAACAUGGAGCAGAUGAGGAAUGAGACACAAGAGCUGAUCCAGCAGAAGAUAGAAGAGAUGAUCCAGAUGUUGCGAGCCAAGGGCGAAGGAUUCUUAGCAGAGGUAGAGGCCCAUCAUAACCACCAGGUCCAAGACGUGAAGAAGAAGCUGCAGGAGAUGGAGUGCGUGGUCCAGAGAAUCACAUGCAGCCAGACGUUGGUGGAGAAGUUGCAUCUCUAUGCUUCUGGCCAGGAGGUGUUGGAGAUACAUCCUUUCCUGAAAAAGUCCAUGAUGGAGCUCAGAAAGAAGCAGCCCUCUACGGUAAAAGGAAUCGAAGUGAGGAACUUCGUAGAUAUCAAGAGCCAACUUCAAAAUUUGCUUGAAAGAAUGCCAAAAGACAACGAAGCUGUUCCCGCUAAACCCCAAACUAAGCCUAAGGAGAACAGUUUUAGAAGAUUAUUGGGAAAAAGGGGCCGCACUGACCGGGAAACGAACACCGAGCACCAUCCCAAAAUGGUCAAAAUUGUGCCGUUAAAUGAUGAGGAACCAGGGACCAGUUAUGGAGCCACUGGAGGUUCUUACGUCCCAGAAAGUCAAGAACGCCUCAGACAAUCCCUUGAUGACACUCUACAGAUUGCUCAUAACUAUUUACAUUCAUCUGAUCAAGGUAGUGUUACAUUCAGGACACCUCAUCUUGAAAUUUCAAGAGAUCCUUAUAAUCCAGAAGAAAAAUCCACCGAUGAUGAUGAUGAUGAAGAUGAUGAAGCUGAGAUCUCGAUCCUUCCCCUUACAUCACCCGGUGACCAGAAAAGUCCUGUGAAGUAUCCAUUAUGCCAAACGGAAGAUGUCAGCUCACAGUCCAAGAUCAUAUUCUUUGACCUCAAGUCUCUGUCAGAAAAUAUCCUUCACCUGGUCGCCCUCGGAGAGGACGCCACCAUUUUCAGAGUCACGAUUUCCUGCCUGGGGACCACAAGGGACAAACUCCUUGUGUUCGGCAUGGAUGAGUUCCUGAAGUAUCUCAGGAGCCUCCAGAGGCCCAUUAUGGUGGGAUACAACCUUUGGUCCAUGGACCUCCCUGCCCUGCUUGUUGCCCUUCAGAAGAUCAACAAAGAAGAGCAGUUCGAGGCGUCCAUCCAAGGUUUCUUGGAUGCUUUGCCCCUCAUCAGAGAGAUGUCCCCAGAAAUCUCUAAUUAUUCACUGAAGAAUCUGGACAAGACAUAUUUUUGGGGAGAGUUGGACAGCAACAAGGCGGAUGACUGCGCCCAGACUCUCAAGAACCUCUGUACCAUCUUUGAAAUUAACAUCCUGUUCCAGACAAGGCCGCUCAUCGGCUGGUCCAGCUUCAGAUGUUACGCCUCACUUCAGCCUCUCCUGCGUGAGAAAGUCCUCUCCAUGCCCUCGGUGCAGACUUUGGCCCUGCACAAUAUCUCCCUUCUCACCCUUCAGUCCGUCUAUCAAAGCGAUCCCAAGAACGGGCUGAAGGAACUCUGCAGGCGCUUGAACACCACGCUGCGGAUCGGGAAGAAAAAAAUUCAAAAGUUGAGCAAGAUCUGCAAGUAUUUCGAAAACCUCCCAUCGUCCUCUCACAGUUCUUCCCUUCCAGAGAUUCAUUAAGGAACACUCUUCGUUACUGUGGGGUUAAAAUGUCCUGACUGAGGCCUCCUGAGAUCAUGAAGCCGACUGUCAGCCUCUGUUUUGCUGCUUGCUUUUCGGCUGCCAUUGAAACGGGGAGGGAGGGCAUGGUAUUUGGGUGGGGGAAAUAAUCUGCACAGGAGGACUGCUAAUUGGGAGUUCUGAGUCCCCUCUGGGGAAAAGGGCGGCAUAUAAGUGCAAUAAAUUCAAAUUCAAUCACGGUUUGCGCAUGUGGAAGGAGGGGAGUUU